GUUGGAGACUAUGAAGACGAAGAAGGAACUGGAGAGAGUCCUCCAGACUCGGCAAGGGACAAUGCUGAAGUAAAGCUGGAAAUUGAUGGGCAGAGAAAGCAAAGAGAAAGUGAGUUUUCUUUUCAAUCGCGUACUGUUAACUCUGGCCAAUCAGGUACGAGCCGAAAAUCAAAUGAGCCAAUCACAUACCGAGGCUAUGUACGUGGCGGGAAUUUGUGACGGGUGCCAGGCGCGGGAAAAUGCUUGAGCAAGUUUUGAUUGGUUGAGGAAAUAUUCACGAAAUCUCUCAACCCAUCGCGAAGCUUAGUGGUGCAAUGAAUCGAGUCUCAUAAAAUGAAAAUCACGGAAACUCCUCUACCAAAUCAAAACCGUUGCAGUUCAACAUCGAUAAACCAGUCAAAGGUAGCUCUUGCCUAGCGCGGCAAAAGGUAAGCAAGGGAGCCUCGUUGGUGUGGUUUUGCCUUAAUUUAAUAGGUUAGAACAGUGGCGCGGAAGUCUCAAAAUUGCUUUUAAAAACUAUUAAUAAACGGUCUUACGGCGUUUAAAGUGGGAUUUUCCAUAUUCGUUCGUACUAUGAGUGCAACAGUAAACUGUUGGUAGGAACUGCCCUCGAGCUUUCUGUUAGACAGCUGCGAAGUAGUGAGGCAUAUCCUUUAUAGCGAGUUUGACUAAGUAUAAUUUUCACCUCUUUUUUUACUCGUGUUGUAGGCAAACACUCAGCCUUGCUUGGCGACAUAGAGGUUGAAAAAGUAAGCGACAAUGAAUCGAGUGACAGUGAAGAAGAAGAAGACAGGUCCGGCAAG